GCGGUGCUGGGUGCGCGCCACCGCCCCUCGGCCCGGCUUGCUGGCCUUCCCCACCUAAGCCCUCGGCUGCUUCAGCUGGCCCCACCCCUUCUUCCUCUCCUGGCCCGGAGGCCUGGUGCGCGGUGCAGGGCGACGAUCGCGGCCUGGCUACUGGGGCAAGGCUCUCGAGGGUGGCACGCCAGGCGCGGGGCGCGAGGCCAGAGCUGGCUCGGCAGGGUGCAGGGGGAGGGUCCGACGGAGCCCCCAGAGGAAAGCAGGGACAGACAGGGGGGUGCCGAGGCAAGUAAGUUGCUGGAGCUGAGGGAGCAUCAUGGCUGUGUUUCUGGAAGCCAAGAAUGCCCAUGCAGUCCUGAAACGGUUCCCUCGUGCCAAUGAGUUCCUGGAGGAGCUGCGUCAGGGCACCAUUGAGCGGGAGUGCAUGGAAGAGAUCUGCAGCUAUGAAGAGGUCAAGGAAGUAUUUGAGAACAAAGAGAAAACGAUGGAGUUUUGGAAGGGAUACCCGAAUGCGGUCUACUCAGUCCGAGAUCCCUCGCAGAGCUCAGACGCCAUGUAUGUGGUGGUGCCCCUUCUGGGGGUAGUCUUGCUGAUUGUCAUUGCCUUGUUCAUCAUCUGGAGGUGCCAGCUGCAGAAAGCAACUCGUCACCACCCCUCCUAUGCUCAGAACCGGUACCUAGCCAGUCGUGCCGGGCACAACCUCCCCCGAGUCAUGGUAUACAGGAGCACUAUGCAUAGCCAGGGAGAGUCCUCUGGGCACCGAGAGGCAGGGAAUAAUCCACAGAUAGUCUUGGGGCCCAGCCGGGGAAGUAGAACCACUGUCCGACUGGAGAGCACCCUCUACCUCCCUGAGCUCUCUCUCUCCAGACUGUCCAGCGCUACCCCUCCCCCCUCCUAUGAGGAGGUGACUGCACCACAGGAGGGCAGCAGUGAGGAUGCCAGUGUCUCUUACAGUGACCCUCCCCCAAAGUAUGAAGAGAUUGUGGCAGCCAGCCCCAGUGCAGAUAAGUAGCUGAGCAUGGGCCCUGGCUUGUAUAAAAGCCUCUUCCAGAGGUAUCCUGCUUCUUUUUGGACUUCUGAAAGACUGUGCCACCACAAAACAGCCUUAGCCUCCUUGUUGCCAAAUAAUUCCCCAACCAUGGAUUUGUAGGAAGUCAGUUGGUAGAGACAGUUGGUGUGUGUGUGUGUGUGUGUGUGUGUGUGUGUGUGUGUGUGUGUGUGUGUCGGGGUGGGGGGCCAUAGGACAAGUGUAUGAUCCACCUGGGAAAAGCUACAUACCUGAACGCCCGGGUCUUCCAGACCCCACCCCACCACUGCCAAGUCCCCAAUGUCCUGCCCUAUCUUUAGGGACUGGCAUCUCUUAUGCCAAAGGAAACAUCUCAUGGUGUUGAUUGUGACCAGAAUGUCCACAGGCUCAUCUGGUGGCUAUGGGGCUGUCUAGGAACCCCUGUGUAUCUGAGGACCUAGGCCACAGAGAUGAGGCAGUCAAGCUAGCCCUGUGAUUUCCCCUUUCUCCACAGUUCCAUGCCUACUGUUCUUAUUUAUAUUAUGAGGACAGAAACAAAGAUUGAUCUAGGAACAAAACACAAAUAAUAACAAGUGAACCAUAAAUGAAAAUAAUAUAACCUGGACCAUUUGAAGCCCUCCAAAAGGAAUCAAUUAGACAGACCUUGGCACAGCCUUCCUCCAACACCCACCCUUAUGCUCCUGACCAGGGUGAAGUCUAUGUAUAGAUCAACCUGGUAGGAGGACAGGGGAUGGGAAGGAGGAGGGAAAGGGGCUGGGUGGCAGAGCUCCUUAUUCCAGACCAACCAAGGGGCCCACUUCAACUCUGCCAUCUUGUUUGUGAUGUGUACCAGCUGUGCUAAAAUCAGUUCCCACUGGCACAAGCCCACAUGUAGCCUUGGAGAACUCUGUUGUGGGGAAAACUGAUGUCCUCUUCUCCCAUGGAUCCCAGGGCCUCUCCCUGGCUGUUCCAGACUGGCACAGAGAGCUCAAGAUUCCUCCUUUGUGAGAUUGAUAAACCCAUAGUAUAGUUCAAACCAUGAGCACCACCUCCUUGGCACUGUGCUGUCUGGCUUUCCAGUUUUAGGAUACUUUCUUUUUUGUAAAUAGGUGCAUUGAACUUGAACUUUAGAUUGUGAUUUCUCCUAAUGAUGGUGCCCGUACAGGGAGAAGCUCCUGAAGUGUCUCUUAAAAAUUUUCUUAGUGUGGGAGCCCGUGACCUGGAGUCUAAAGUCCACCUGGGGUUUGCUCUGCCAUGGCAAGGUGCUGAUCUGCUUUCAAUGAGGCUUGGGAAGAUGUUGGGCAGAGGUGACUUGUUCUUUAAUCAAGGAUGAGGUAAAAGACUUUGUUGAUACCAUCUCUACCCGCCCCAGCUCUAUUCUCCUGGUGUCUGUGCCAAAUCAUUUUUCCUCUGUGGUGCUUUAAAAAUGUAGCACAUUUUGUGUGGGGCCCAAAAACAGUGCAUAGCGUGGGUCUGUUGGUAAUGGCAAUGGUUUCCAGCCCACAGAGUUGACAAGCUUCCUUCUGUCUAAGCAGCCCUUCGAGGCAGACACUGAGACACAUUCCUUGAGUGCAGCCCUACCUUGAGGCCCCAGAUGACUUCUACAGGCUGUUCCAGUACAGGGGACUUUCCCGGGGGUUUGUUUCUAGUCGAGCUUGUGUUCUUACCCCAGUGAGGUUGCCAGCUUGGAUAACUCCACCCUGUGGCUCCCCUACCUCACAGGCCCAUUGGAGGCUGAUGGAGCUAAUGCAUUGUGAAGAGCUUGAAGCCUCUUGGAACCAGUGAAGUUUACCCUUAGCAAGAUUCUUCUAGAAAUAGGUAGUAGUUGUAAGGGACUGGUUUUAGGCAAGGUCUUCAAAUGCCUCUGAUGUUGAGUGUCAACCUGAGGAGUCAAUCUCUUUCCAUUUUACUCUACGUGGGCCUUCCUUUCUCCCCAGAGUUUCCUGACACCAGAAAUGACCAAAUGGCAUUCUUCCCUCUGUCCCUUCAUUUUGAUCUUUUCCCCUCCCUCCCUUCCUGCUUUCUUUCCUUCAUGUUUCUCUUCUUCCCUUUUCUUUCCAUUAAUUUUUCUUUUUAAUCUUUCUCUCCAUUGGUCAUCUAGUAUUGCACUCUGGCCCUUCCUAAUGAAGGGAUUUGGGGCUCAGAAGUCCCCUGCUUUUUUCCGUGAUGGAGACUGGGCUCAGUCUCAUCCAGACAUGAUGGAGAUCCUGGGGAAGCUGGAAGCUCUGGAUCAGCCCAACCUCUGCAUUUUAUUAAUCUGGUGCCUGAUUGUGACCUGGGAUAUAUGAAGACAAACUUACCCCAAUGUGACUCCUCCCCCAGCUGGCAGAGAGUCAGGCAUAGUGACCAGAGCCACAGAAUAUGUCAACGAAUGCCCACUGCCUUUGGCGUGGUUGAGCUGCCUGGCAGCUAGAGGCUAGGGAUGCUUGAGUAAGAGCAGGAAACUGACUCCUAAGGCCUUUUGAGAGCGAUAUGCAGCCCUUGGGAGCUGAGGACUGGAUGCAGGGUGAGUGAGUGAGUGAGUGAGUGAGUGAGUGAGUGAGUGAGUGAGUGAGUGAGUGAGAAGCAGCUCCUUGCAUGUGGCCUGUGGACUCUGGGUCAGGUGCUUCACAGAGCUCUUCCAGGUGACUUGUGCCAAGCCUCUGCAAUGGUUUUUCGCAGCAUAGUGUUUAGAUAUAUAAUGGGCAUAAUUCCUCAAGGUGCACACUUGGCUUUUGCGAAUGCCCUGUACAUAUCUUUUCAAACUCUGUCUUUGUAUAGACAUUGAUUUGAUACAAUGCUCACACUUCAGUAGCCACAGUUUUGUUUGUUUGAGACUUGUGUAUGCUUGUGUGUGUGUGUGUGUGUGUGUGUGUGUGUGUGUGUACAUGUGGGCAUGUUGUCUUCUCUCAUUGCUUCUAUCAAAUGAUAGCUGGUUUGUGGUUCUAUUUGUCCCAGGCGGGAUCUGUUCUGAAGGGAAGACUGUCUUCAUUUUGUGGGGCCUGUACUCUGUUGGAUCCCCUCCAACCUUUUGGCAUGGUGUCCCCUUCCUCAGCUCCUGCUCUGUAGGUGUCAGCAGCUGAAGGAAAUCUGAGAACUUCUCUCUCUCUCUCUCUCUCUCUCUCUCUCUCUGUGUGUGUGUGUGUGUGUGUGUGUGUGUGUGUGUGUGUGUGUGUGUGUGUGUGUGUGUGACACUAUUGACUUUCAGAAUGGUGGGGUUAGUUACUUAGAUAUUUUUCACUAAAAAUGAAAAGGCUUUAAAAUUUUCCUUAAAAUAUGACUAUCACCUGUUUUCAACCAAACCCUUUGUAAGACUUUUUUUUAAAACGAAUGGCAACCCUGUCAGUCCCCUCCCAGAUGGCCCAUCACUUUGGGUUUUCAAAAUGAAAGCACAAAAGAAAGAGUGGGGCGCACAGGUGCCUGGCAUGUGCAUACCCCUGCACAGCUGUGUUGCGCCCUAGCUGAUCACAGAGGUGUGAUCACAAGCAGCUGGACCUAGGAAAUGGAGGCCCCCUCUGCUAGUUGCCAAUUCCACUGCCAUUAGUGUGAAUUCCUUAGGGUGCUCCAGUGAACAAGCGUCUGCCCAAUUGUUUGGACAUUGUCUUUUUGGUAGUCCAAACAUUAGGGAUUAGGGACAGCAGUGUUUUCUGUUCAAGCAGUUCCAGCCAGAUGCUUCCACUCUCCCAGUGGAUGGCAACUCCACAGAUCCUAGCCAGAGUUGAUGGAUCCUUUGACAACCAAAUGGCAUCCCAUGAGAAAACCAAGAAAAAAAAGCCAACAUUGCCACUAGAUUGUCUUUUAAUUCAAGUGAGAGUUAAUGGCAGAGAGAGGGUGUGAGUCCCCAGGACUGUGUCUUUUUAGAAGAGUGCGUGUGUGCUCUCACUGUGUGUUUGCUCACAGUAAAGCCUGAGUUGUUGGGCUGGGCUGCUUUUCAGCUUGUCAAGUACUGAAGCUCCAUUCCCAGGCGUCACCGGUUCUGAAACAGCCACAUCUUCUGCACUGAAGUCUCCUAAUACUAAUCAGUAUAAUUAGCUAAUUUUAGACUGCUGUAAUCAGACUGCUUCCCACUACAGUAAAAGCCCAUUAAUUUGAGCCCACUAAUUCAGAACUUAGAGGAAAUCCAAAUUGGAGAUAAUUCCCAGUAACUGCUAUUCUUGCUACAGAAAAAUAUUUGAAAGUGUCUUCCCUUCAGUCAGUCUUCAGGGCCUUCUUUGUGAAAGGAAUUCGGUUUAAAAUAGGUACCCCUUUCAAAGGAAAAGCUCGAGGUAUCAAAGAUUUCUUCAUUGUGCCUUCAGCUUAGAGUUUAGCAGUUUUUGUGCGUAAGGCUCUUUCUGUGCAGGGUGAUCCCUUGUUCUCUCUCCAUUGUGGGAUGUUAGAUAUUGCAGCCUUUCACUCCGUGUCUGUAUUUAGCCUGUGAAUAACAUAGUCUGUGAUCUUGACUGCAGUUUUAACACCAGUACGUGCUUUUCAAAGUCUUCUGUAAAGCAGAUGUUGCACUCAUUCACCCCCAAGUCUUCAAACUUUGGAGCUUCCCCUUUCCAGGCUGUGGGAGGCAAAUCUCUCUCUAGCAAGAAUUUCUCCGACAAAGAUCUGCAAACAGCAUACCCCCUCAGCUCAAUGCCUCGACAGUGUUUCACUGUACUGCUAUCUGACCGCUGAACGUGCCUGCCCUUCUCCAGCCCCUAGCAAGCAUUAAGAUUGAUAUCUAGAAUUGGGACCAACCCUCCAGCUGCUUUUUGCCUCCCAAGCUGUCUUGCCUCACUGAUGCCACUUUCCCAGGCCUGAAUCCACCUGCUAUUUCACUCUGUCAUUGUGAAUUUGUGACAGUGGCAACCCUGAUAUGUGCAACUGAGCUUAUAGAAAUGAUUGCUGUGAAAUGGAUUAAUUUUGGUACAAUUAGAAGCUGUGCUUGUUUUCAUUGUUGACCGAUGUCAGCUGGGACAUCUGUACAUUCAGUCACAUGUUGGGGUUUCAAAUGGAGCCUGGGAGCAACAAACCAACUUGCUUCUGACCUGACCUUUCUCGUGCAUGCUCUCUGGCUCCCUUUUUACAACCAUUGAGUUUAGCUGUUAACUUUUGUCUUUCUGUAUAAGAAAAUAAUGAGUAAAAAUAAAGAGCAAAUGG